AUGUGGCAGCUUUGGGCGCUGCUCCUGGCAGCGCCAGUGUUUGCUGUAGAAACUCAUGCUGAUGCCGCUGCUGCCGCCACAUUGCUCCGUCGAGGCGACACUCUACCACAGAGCACGACGGACGCCAAGAUCAAAGUCAUCGCCGGCAGGCCAAACAGUGCACUACAGAUGGAGGUGGAAGCUUCCGGAGGCGUCAAUGCGGAGGCGAAUCUUCAUGCAGAUCGGCACGAAAGCAGUAAGGACAGAGGUGCCCUGACUGGACCUCGCGAAGUCAUGUUCGGCAUCUUCUGCAGGCGUGUUUAUGAUGUUGACGUGAUCAAAAAGACCUGGACAGGAGAUAUAGUGCUGACCACAAGCUGGAAUGACCCUGAGGUGGCGCAGGUACUGCCUGUUGGCAAGGAAGAUACCCGCUACUCCACAGAUGAUGCGAGGAAACUGAUUUGGCUGCCAGACAUUGGUGUCACCAACCGAGAUUUCAAAAACGUUGAGAUCAUCUCGUCAAGCGUGAAGAUAUGGUCGUCAGGCUGGGCUACGAAGGUAGAGCGCAUGCUGGUGACUAUGACAAAUGACUUUGACACAUCUGCAUUCCCCUUCGAUAAACAGACUCUGCAAGUCAUUGUAGCCUCCGAGAAGUUGAUGGCAGACGAGCUCGUGCUCAAACCACAUUCUGACAAGACACUGAUUGGAGUGAAAGAUGACGUGCUAACAGGAACUGGCUUUGGUGGCUCAGGAGGAGCAAAGCCCGACUAUGGCAUUAGCAGUUUCAAAGAGACCGAUGCUUUGCUGGUCAAGAGCCGUGGUCUCUUCCAGAUCCACAUAGUUCGUGGCUUUGGAGCUGCAGCACGUCAGAUAUUUGGGCCGACAAUGACUCUGCUGUUGGUCUCCUACUCUGUGUUCUAUUUUCCAAUGGUGCCGGCUUUCACAAUGCCUCGUGUCGCAUCUAGCGUCAUCUCUCUGCUAGGCGAGAUGACUCUGCUGACCAAAACCAAAGUGCCAGAUUCGUGGACGGAUGUAUACAACGAGAUGGUUUGCUUGCUAAUCGGCUCGGUGAGCGUGCUGAGCCUUACAAUGGAGAUCACCUUCCACUCUUACAAGAAUGAGGAAUUGGCGAAGAAGCUGGCCUUCGCAUAUCGGGUUUUGUAUCCCGUUGUUUUCUUGGUGCUCUUCACAAUCGUGCUUUGCUUCAGCUCGGGUGCCUUCAACGAUGUCUGUGCAUACUUGGUCAGGACGAUCGUGUGUCUUCUGCUUGUUGCAAACUUUGUCUGGGUACGCAGGAGUUUGGCUUCGGAUGGAAAGACGGAGGAGCCAGCUGACAAGACCGAGGGGAAGUGUGUUUUCGCCUACAUUGCCGCCUUGCUGAAUAAGUUCUACCAUGACACAUCCCAGCUUGUCGAGGCUUUGGUGACGCGUUCAGCUCGUGCCGAGUGCUUUGACAACGGGAUCGCACCGGAACGGUUGGCCAACUUAGUGGAUCAGGAUGGCGCUGUGUAUCCCUUGGGUAUUGCUGUUGGCGAUUGGCCAGCUGCGCGUCUGCUCAGUGCUGUGGCCGCAAUUCUCAUCGAAGAGCUGCUAGGUGUUAAUGUAUCGGCAAGGAUGGUGGGAGGAAAUUCCGUCGAUGGAUUCUACGCAAUGGCAGGUUGCAAAACACCUGAUCAGGUUGCGGACAGAGGAUGCGGGCCCAAGACUACAAGGAUGCACCUACAUCUCGAAGCGUGGGUCAGACUCUACCAGAUCGAGUUCGAUCAGAUUCUGAAGGAUUAUCCGGACACCGCCCCAAAGAGUCUGGGCAGUAGCGGGUACACCGGCGCAAUGUCCAUGUACCUGCAAGAACGGACCUUGAAUACUGCGCUCAAUGGUGAAGGCAUACCUCUGGAUUUCUAUAGAGCAUACAAUGCCUCAUGGUAUGAGCCGUGGCAAUAUUUCGACGGUGUGUCAGCAGUAAGCCGUGCACAGAUGCUGCCAUGUCGGGAAACGCGCUUCGUGCAGAGCAGGAACAUGCAGGCCUAUGUCGAGGUCACCAGUGACACAGGGGGCGUUGAGGAUAACAGCGGCUCCCUGAUGGCACGGUGCCAGGAUGGCUUUUUCUGGCAGUCGCCAGCAUGCCGGGACAACGUCGCACGGUGCGUCCUGGUGUUGACAGGAGGCUCUGGCUACGCUGUGGAGGAAAUCAUGCAGAAGGCCACGGCUUUCAACAUGCCGCUAGCAGUGGGUGUUGCUACUGCAGCGGAGUAUCCACGACUCCCAAGCCAGGUGCAGAGCCUUUUCAUGUGGUGGGUGCCCGACGACACCUUCCUCGACUUGAGUCCCCGUGAAGUGCGCUUCCCGCGGUACAACAGGGAGGCUUGGCUGGGCCGUGACCUCCGAAGCGCGCCCGAGCAGUUGGCAAUCGAGAAGCUGGUAAGCCCAAACCUGGCAGAACUUGCCCCAGCAGUUGUCGCCCUCGUGCAGAAGUUGAGGUGGAGCGUGGACGAUGUGAACCUCAUGAUGAUGGACAUGAAGACAAGCGAGGAUCCAGCCAACGCAGUUGCAUGUCGCUGGCUGAAAGCAAACUCCGAGAAGUGGUCGUCCUGGCUUGCAGGAGACACUGCGUGCUUUCCCGGCUUUGGGCUUUUUGAUCCAAGUCGCGGCUAUGUCGCAGAGCGAGAGGGUUCCACGGAGCUGGGAUGCAGGCCGUGUGAGAGCGGCAGCUAUUCCCAGGAGAUGCAGGAUGCCAAAGGGACGACUCACAUCUGUCAGAAGUGUUCUCCGGGUACAAGCCAGUCAUCAGGAGCUGCUUCAGGUUGCGACCCGUGCAGUCAAGGAGAGUACCAAGACGAGGAGGGUGCCGUGGACUGCAUGCGAUGUCCCGUGGGCCGCUUCCAAGAUGAGCAGGGAGCAACAGAAUGCAAGAUUUGUGAGAAUGGAACCACAACGCUGGGAUUGGGAUCGUGGUCAGAGGAGGACUGCGGCUGCUUGCCUGGGACCAUCAGCAAGGGUGACAACAGGUCAUGUCAGCUUUGCCCAGAAGGUCUGAGCUGCCCUGUUCUGUCGACCUUAUCCAGCUUGCUUAAUGGUUCCAGCAUUGCCCAUGAGCUGACGCCGCAGAUCCGUGCAGGCUACUAUAGCACUUGGGAGCAACCGCUGGAGCUGUUCAAGUGCGUCCCAGCAUCGCACUGCCCUGGGGGCCCGCCCAACACCUGCACUGGAGGUCUUACGACCUUGCCGUGCGCUGCGUGCCGCGAAAGAGAGUACUUUGACGGUCAGGUCUGCAUUGUUUGCGUCUCCUCUCGGCAGGAGUUACUGUUUGGCGGCUUCUGCAUUGCCGUCUGCGGGCUUGUGCUCGCGUAUUAUCUGCUCAACUCGCCUAUGACAGCAAAGGCGUCUGUGAUGCUGACCGGGACGACUGCAUUGGGCAUGAUGGUGAUGACUCUGCAGAAGGUAGGCGUGAUCGGCAACUUGACAGUGGCCUUCCCCAGACAAAUACGUGAUACCUUCCGAACACUUCAGGUGUUCAUUCUGGAUCUUGAGACGCUGGGCUUUCCAUGCGUGGCAACCCCGGACUCGGUUCGUCGAUACUUGGGCACAGUGAUGCUGUUCCCCGCAGGAGUCGUGGGCAUCCUGGUUUGUCUUGCCCUGUCUAAACUGCUGCCCAAGAAGUGGCGUUGGGCGACGUCCAAAUCGCUGAACCUCAUUGGACAGUUUUUGUCAGUCGGCUACACCACCAUGAGUGUGACCGCGAUGGUGCCAAUGACAUGCUACAGCCAUCCAAACGGACGUCACAGCCUACUGAAGUACCCUGAUGUGUUCUGCGGUACGACAGAGCAUUCCGCAAUGCUUGGUGCUGGAAUCGGUCUGCUAGCUGGUGGCGUUGUUGGCUUCCUUGGCCUUUGCAUUUGGGCAGCCCUCCAGGUGCCGCUUUGGAGCUCCCAAGGCCACUCUGACAAAGUCGGCGCCUUCCGCUUUCUCUUGGCCCGCUUCCGUCUAGAUGGCUGGUGGUACGGGGUUCCCCUGCUAGUACGCGGGUCGCUGCUCAACCUUCCUGUCGUCCUCGCCACGGAUUAUCCGCCUGUGCAGACGCUUGGAAGCCCAAGGCACAUUUGA